AUGUUGUUCGCCCUCGUUUUCGCGUUGGUCUGGAUUCCGGCAGCUCUUGAACUGUGCCGCAACAUGCAGUGCAGGAGGCGCAAGACGUCAGCCACGGCAUGCCCGGCAGAUGGCGAGGAAGGCUACGCUCUGGGACUUCUCGGAGGGCGGCCCGCUCAAGGCGCGGCCAUGAAUGGAGUGGUGUCAGCAGGAGCCUCGUCCAGAUCCCCUGAGCGCAUCAUGAUGGAGCUGGAGGGCUCCAGUCAAGGCUUCUCGGCGCUUCAAGGCUAG